ACCACUAUACUAGUUAAGUAGUAGACUAGUAGUAGUAGUAUUAAAAUGAGUCAAUAUAUGCCAUAUAAAUAGAGUAGUACUUUUCCAAAAGCAAACUAAAAUGGCACUAUCAUAUUCUAUGGUUUCUUUCAAGUGCUUCAUUGCAUGUAUUUCAGUGCUCAUUCUUAGCUUCUCUAAUGUUGAAGCUCGACAAAAGGAGCUUCUCUCGAUAGAUUACUACUACUAUUCUUGUCCACAACUAUACGAUAUUGUGCGUGACACCGUUGUUGAAGCUAUUAACAACGAGACUCGUAAUGGUGCCUCCUUGCUUCGUCUCCAUUUCCAUGAUUGCUUUGUCAAUGGAUGUGAUGGAUCGGUAUUGUUGGAUGAUAAUUCGACAUUUACGGGAGAGAAAACGGCAUUCGGUAACAAUAAUUCGUUAAGAGGGUUUGAAGUGGUAGAUGCGAUCAAAGCUAAAUUGGAGAAAGUUUGUCCACUUAUCGUCUCUUGUGCUGAUAUUCUUGCUAUUGCUGCUCGCGAUUCUGUUUUUCAUCUGGGAGGUCCAACAUGGGAUGUAAGAUUGGGAAGAAGAGACUCUCUGACAGCUAACAGAACAGCUGCCAACGUAUUCAUCCCCGCACCUUCGUCAAAUAUAACUGUUCUUAAAUCUAAUUUUGCUGAUGUUGGAUUAUCAUUUAAAGACUUGGUAUCUCUUUCUGGAGCACAUACCUUAGGAUUUGCAAGGUGCACAACAUUUAGACCAAGAAUUUACAAUGAUGGUAACAUUAGUCCCUCAUUUGCUCAAACACUAAGAAGCAAGUGCCCCAAUGUAGGAAACGACGACGUUUUGCAAGGAUUGGAUGUAAAAACUCCAUCUCAUUUUGACAAUAUAUAUUACAAGAAUUUGUUAACUAAAAAAGGUUUGCUUCAUUCAGACCAAGAGAUUUACAAUAGCAACAAAGCUGAUCCUAUUGUUCGAAAAUACUCUCGAGAUGUUUCGAAAUUUUACAGGGAUUUUGCUAAAGGCAUGAUUAAAAUGGGUGACAUUAGCCCUCUUGUUGGUAAUCAAGGUGAAAUUAGACAAAAUUGUCGAGUAGCGCGAUAAUUAACUAGGAUCUUAGUUAAUUAAGUUGUUACUCAUGUAUUGAAAUGUGAUUAUAUAUAUAGCUAUUUUUUUUCUUCUUUUUAGUUAAUUCUUUUGGUGAUUAUACACACAUUAGUGUUCAAAGUAUAUAGGAGUACGUGUAAAUUACUCCUCUUUGUUUAUGUACAUUAAGAAAUUUGUAGGGCCUAAUAAUUGUAACAUUCUUUGAAAUGCUAUAUUGUUAAUCAAUUAGUUGUUCAAUUAUCAAGCAAGAUGCUAUCAAGCUUUUUCA